GAGACAUCAUGGAUAGAUAACAUUCUUAAAUUUAAAGCAUUAUUUCAGAUACUUUUAAAGGUCUGUGUCAUUUUCAUUUGGGCGGAAAAAAUAACUCCGUUGUUCCGGUCGACCCUGUUAGACGGUAUAUUUCAGAAAGGUACGAUCCGGGGUUCGAAUCCAGAUUCGUCCUGAUUAUGUUCCUUGGUUUGUCAGUACUAUACAAUGGUCAGGCCUUAAACCUGUACUAACAUGUGGACGAGGGUGUUAGGCUUAUGUCACUUUGGUGAUUUUGUAUGUUCGCAAUGUUGUGUCAGGGAUUGUCUCCCUUCUUCACUCUCAGUGUCAAGAGGAAGUUGCAAGGUCGACUUCGAGACACACUAUUCAAGAUGGCCGAGAUUUACGACUACGUAAAGGACUUCUACAACUCCACUGCCAUCAAAUGUGACUUCAUCUGCAAGGUCAAUGACUGGGACCUUACUCCUGACAUCAAGGAGAUCGUGGCUGAGCUUCACCCAGAGACAAUGAGGAGGUAUUACGGUUCCGGGCUUAUCAUUCCUGAAGGCAUUGAAGGAAAGCGUAUCCUUGACAUUGGCUGUGGGUCUGGCAGCCUCGUUUUCAUCCUCAGCAAGUUGGUUGGACCAACCGGAAGUGUUGUUGGCAUGGAUUUAACCCCAAAUCUGAUUACCGAGUGUAAGAACAGGGAGGACUACCACCGCGACAAAUGGGGAUACGACAAGAAAAACACCGAGUUCUUCGAAGGCAACGCCGAGAAUAUUUCCAACUUGGAGGAUCAGAGUUUUGACAUCGUUGUGUCCAAUGGUGUGUUUUGUUUGGUACCCAACAAAGCCAACGCGUUCGCCGAAGCCUUCAGGUUAUUGAAACCCGAUGGCGAAUUGUACCUGAACGACGUGUACAGCGAGAAGCCGGCCCCUCCCGAGAUGAAGGGCGACCUUAAAGCUUGGGAUUUGGGUCUGACUGGAUCCCAGCUUCCUGGGGAAUUCCUUGCCUCGGCCAAGAAAGCAGGAUUCACCACUCCCUACCUGACUUGUGUCGGCCCUGUCAAUGUCAGCGAGGCCUAUCAGGCAAAGUUAGCGGGAAGAAGGUAUAUUUGCGCGGGCAGCCGGAUGUACCGUUUGGCAGGCGGAAGUAACAGAGGGCCGGCUUCGGUGACGUACAAAGGCAACAUCAAAGGUCAUGAGUCAGAGUUCCGGUGGGACAUCAGUAUGACCUUUAAGAGUGGGAAGACGGUUACAGUGGACGGUGAACUUGCUACAGUUUUAGCCAGAACCCGCUACAGUGCGUUCUUCGACCUGGCGGACGCCCCCGGACCGGUCAACACUCAGCGUGGUCAGAACCCCUUCACGUACCUGGACCGGUUAGAAACCGGGGGGAAGAGUCUUCCCCAUAUCUACACGGUGGAGUAAGAGGCUACUGGCAAUGGCGUGAUGUAGGAAUGAAAGACGUCAAUGCUUUGUUACACGUUAUUGCUACUAAGGAACUGUAGAACAUUAGUAACCAGCUAUUUGUAACGGAAUACUAAUAUAAGACCGCGGUCUCACGUCCCAGCAAUCCAGGUGGGAUUGUUGCCCUUGGGGACUCUGGGCAUUGUAUUAAGAAAUACUUAUGUUGGGACGCCGGAUAUUGUAUUAAGAAAUACUUACUUGACACCAGAUAUUCUAUUAAGAAAUACUUACUUGACACCAGAUAUUGUUUUAAGAAAUACUUACUUGACACCAGAUAUUGUAUCAAAAAAUACUUACUUGAUACCAGAUAUUAUAUUGAGAAAUACUUACUUGAACCGGAUAUUGUAUUAAGAAAUACUUACUUGACACCGGAUAUUGUAUUAAAAAAUACUUACUUGACACCAGAUAUUGUAUUAAGAAAAACUUACUUGACACCGGAUAUUGUAUUAAGAAAUACUCACUUGACACCGAUAAUUGUAUUAAAAAAUACUUACUUGA